AUGCCUAUCUCCAAGAAGGACAGGAUUCAGCGCGAGCACAAGAAAGCCGACAAGGCUGGCACCCGCGCGCCAGUCAAGGCAAACGGCCUGCCCGUCAAGGCGCCGAAGCCGACGUCCAUCUGCCAGAACUGCCGCCGCGAAAUCGUCAACACCAACAAGGCGCAGCUUGAGGCCCACGCCGCGAGCCACGACGCCACAACAUGGCCCAAGGAGAAGUGCUGGCCCAACGACUUUUGA